UGAGGAAGUGGGGUGCUGCGAGGACCUGGAGGCGGUGGGCGAAGGGCAGCGGGCGCUCCUCGGCCGCAACCACCUCAGGCUGUCGUGCACGCGGCUAUCGGUGGGCCGUGUGGAGGCGCAGCGUCCCGGGGACGGCUCCCCGGGGUUGGGGGCGUUCGGCCCGAGGUGGGGCCUCGGCGACCGGGCAGAGGCGGGAGCCGUGGAGGCUGCGGAGACGACCGGCGGAGCGCGAUGGCGCGGGAGGGACAGUGCUGGUGAAACGGGACCCAAUCAAAGUAUGGCUAUGGGAAACCAACAUCCUUCUAUUAGUAGGCUUCAGGAAAUCCAAAAGGAAGUGAAGAGCAUAGAACAACAAGUAACUAGCUUCAGUGGCCUGUCAGAUGACAAGAAUUACAAGAAACUGGAGCGGAUUCUAACAAAACAGCUUUUUGAGAUAGACUCUGUGGACACUGAAGGAAGAGGAGAUAUUCAGCAAGCUAGAAAAAGGGCAGCCCAGGAGACAGAGCGUCUUCUCAAAGAGCUGGAACAGAAUGCAAACCACCCGCGCCGGCUCGAGAUCCAGAACAUUUUCAAGGAAGCCCAGGCCCUCGUGAAGGAGAAGAUCGUGCCAUUCUACAGUGGAGGCAACCACGUAACUGAUGAAUUUGAGGAAGGCAUCCAGGAUGUCAUUCUGAGGCUGACGCACGUGAAAACUGGAGGGAAGAUCUCCCUGCGGAAAGCCAGGUACCACACCUUGACCAAAAUCUGUGCGGUGCAAGAGAUCAUCGAAGACUGCAUGAAGAGGCAGCCGUCCCUGCCGCUUUCUGAGGAUGCGCACCCUUCCGUGGCCAAAAUCAACUCUGUGAUGUGCGAGGUGAAUAAGGCCAGAGGCACCCUGAUCGCGCUCCUGAUGGGCGUGAACAGUAACGACACUUGCAGGCACUUAUCCUGUGUGCUCUCGGGGAUGAUGGCAGACCUGGACGCUUUGGAUGUGUGCGGGCGGACGGAAAUCCGGAACUACCGGAGGGAGGUCGUAGAAGACAUCAACAAAUUACUGAAGUAUCUGGAUUUAGAAGAGGAGGCAGGCAGUACGCACGCGUUUGACCUGGGACAGAACCAUUCCAUUCUAAAGAUAGAAAAGGUCCUCAGGAGAAUGAGAGAAAUAAAAAAUGAGCUCCUCCAGGCGCCAAAUCCUUCUGAAUUGUACCUGAGCUGCAAAACAGAGCUGCAGGGCCUGAUCGGACAGCUGGAUGAAGUGAGCCUGGAGAAGAACCCCUGCAUCCGGGAAGCCCGGAGGAGGGCGGUGAUUGAGGUACAGACGCUGAUCACGUACAUCGACUUGAAGGAAGCCCUGGAGAAAAGAAAGCUGUUUGUGUCUGAGGAGCACCCACCACUCAAAGCCGUCUGGAGCGUCCUUGGCAACUUGUCUGAGAUCCAGGGAGAGGUGCUUUCGUUUGACGGGAACCGCACAGACAAGAACUACAUCCGCCUGGAGGAGCUUCUCACGAAGCAGCUGCUGGCCCUGGACGCCGUGGACCCGCAGGGAGAGGAACGUUGCAAGGCUGCCAGGAAGCAGGCGGUGAAGCUGGCCCAGAACAUCCUCGGCUAUCUCGACCUGAAAUCCGACGAAUGGGAGUACUAAGAUACCAGGCCUCUCAGGUUCAAUAUUGCUUGUUUUGCACUUUAUAUAGACUCUAUGUAUUUCUCGAAAGCUGUCAGUUCAUUGAGCUUAAAUGUGAUUUAUAUACAUGCCUACUUCAACCUCAGUAUUUAUGAUUUAAGCAAAUUAUAUUCAGAAUCUCUGCUGCUUUUGAUGUUGCAAAACAAAUGUCAUUACAGCACACUGACUUUUCCCUCGGGAUCAUUAUCCGUAUGAUGUGGCGUGGUUUUUUGGGGUCUUUUGUUGUUGUUGUUAAAAAAUGGAACUGAGGCAGCUUUUGUAAUUUUAAAAAAUGGGUUGGGUAAGCAUUAAAAUGCAGAUAUUUCAGAAUCUAGAAGAAAAGACAUAACCUCACAUGAUUCUGGAAACAUCACGGGGGGGGGAUUUGGGUUGAACAGGAGUAAGGGCCAAGCAAAAGCAGUCCGGUGUAUAUUUUAAUAUCAUGCUGAACAAAGUAGAAGAGCUUGUUUCCUUUAUAAAUCCUGACUCGGUCCCACCCCAUGGAUUGGGUGGGGUUUUUGGUUUGUUACUGGAUGGUUUGGAGUGAAGAUCUGUUCUUUUGUAAAUGUUUUUCAACAUUUCUCCCCCUAUACUCUGCAUUUAGAGGAAGUCUUAUUUUUAUGUGUAUGAGGUAAGAACAUUGUAAAAAUAGCAAAAAAAAAAAAAAAAAAAAA